GGACGGUUGAACUCGUGUUGCCAAUGGAGACAUAAACGCUGGAUCAUCCUGGUUGCGGCGCUUUUUGAACUUUUUUGGUUCAGUGGAUAUAACUACGGCUACAAUGCGCUGAUUCCCAUCUACAUGAAACUGGGUGUCUUUGCUUAUCAAUGCAGCCCGACAGAGCCAAACUGUCCCGCUCAAGAAGGAAUGUUCCACAAUGCGUUCAUCGUCUGGGUUGUGGUACAGAUGUGUCUUGUCACAGGAGCUGGGUUUCUCAUGGAUCGCGUUGGACUGCGAGUGCUGAAGCUAAUUGCCGUCGGUGUCUUUUUCGUGGGCACGCUUAUGUUUGCAUUUACCAGCCGGGAUUCAAGCGCCUUGUUCUUCGUCGCCGGAAUUUUUGUCUCUUUGUCCAGCGUCUCGUCACUCAUCUGCAACCACCAGAUUAGUUCAAUGUUCCCAAGUUCUCGUGGAUUUGUGGUCUCUCUGCUCUCAGGCGCUUUCGACUCUAGUGGUUUUGUGACAUUCCUGAUUGGGAAAACGGUGCACUUGAUCUCGCUGCAGAACUCAUUUGUUAUACUCGCCUGCUGCGCUUUGGUGUACGGAAUUUGCAUGAGUCUUUUCGCGCUGAAGCAAUGGUCUUCGGAGAUGAAUCCAGAAGGAGAGCAGAAGAAUGCUGAAGGUAUGGGAAUUCCUGAGAAGGAAGAUGAGAUGAAG